CCACAGUGCGCAUACAGGGCUGCAUGCAUUUUUGAUGUUCUCACGACAUUCUCCCCAAGGGGUGUCCAGGGGUGUCAAGGGGUUGAUUGGGUGCUGGUAGGCGCUACGGUUACGGUACCAACAACAACGACCCCCUGAGAUAUCCCGCCUACUCCCUGGUACUGUGUCGAACAUCAUGUCCACCUUUCACAACACCGCCCCCCUUUUCCCAAGGCAUACGGUAAUUCUUUGCGAUGGCAACUGUAUAUCCUCCCGAGACCAACGACGGGGUAGUGACAUCCUGGGUACCGCUCACGACCACCUUCACACCAUCCAUAGGAUGUGAGACCAAGUUCCGCCUCAACGGGCCGAGUCUCGUCGCGUACGACCCCGGCUAUGGCCUCGACAUCGACCCCAGAGUGAAAUGCGCACCACCGGCUGUGACGACAUGGUGGGAGCAAGGCCGGCUCGGCGGCGGUGACGACCCGGGGCACACCGCCGCCAGUCUGGGGCCGAUGACGUGUCCCAACGCGUGGACGACGGUGGUAACCUCGGUUAGAGACGCCAGCAGCACACUAGCGAUGUGCUGCCCGCCGGACUACUACCUGGCAAACGGCAUCUCGGGCUCCGUCGCGGGCGACUGCCGAUCCGACGUCCCCUCGGGCGCGGUUCUGACCUUCGCCUCGACACCACUGGGGGAGUCGGACGCGUGGUCAAUCGCUACCACAACCCUGGCCCGGCGUUCUGUGGUGGGCGCCAUCGCCGUAGUGGGAUGGAGCAUCGCAGUGCAGACGGCGGCGACAUCGUUAUCGUCAUCUCUCACAACAACAACAACAUCCUCAACACUUUCGGCGACGACGACGACGACACCACCUCCAACAUCUGCCCCUUCCACUUCGAUCCUGCCCACGGAACCCACCAUCGGAGCACCUGGUGCGGCCAGCAUAAGCAUAAGCUCAUCAUCAUCAUCACCAUCGGGCGAAAGUGGAUCCUCGGGCCUACCAACCGGCGCGGCCAUCGGUAUCGGCGUAGGCAUCGGCCUGGGCGUGGUCGGCAUCGCGGCACUCCUUGCCACCAUGUACCUCCUUCGAUCUAGGAAGGCAAAGGCAGCGGCAGCAGCAGAGGCGGAAGCGGCAAUGUCCGGAACACAACCUCCGGCCGAAGGUGGCCCACCGCCGCCGCCGCCGCCGCCCCCGAAAUCAGCCGAGGCGUACGGGCCCCAUGAGCUUUGGCCCGAGGCGGUGCGGUCAGAACUGCCGGGCUCGCAUCAGCAACAGCAACAGCAAUACGGUGUCCGGCCAUAUGAGCUGGCCUAGCGAGAGUCUUCCACGUGGAAUGAGCGGUGUUGGUGUGCUUUUUGCCUUGAUGGUUGUUUUGUUCAUUUUUUGGAGCAGUGGCCGGAUCUGAUACCGGGAUUAAUUACCGUAGGUGGGUUGAUUGAGCGGAGCGUGGGCGUUUUGGCGGUGUCCUUUUUUCCAUGAUCAUGUCUGUGGAUAUUGUAUGUACUGCGCAUUCUCAGUGAAGCGUAUGAAUGAGAUGAGUUUCAUCUUGUGGUGUCUCUUCCCUCUCUCCGAGGGUAGCCUUCUCGUGUCCCUUCCCGUGGGAUGACGAGUCUCAGAUGUCGACUCCCGUCCAUCAAUG